AACAGUGGACUUUUGUCUCGCUGUCCCUCUCUCGGAGCUUUCCAUAGUAACGCUGACAAAGCGGCUUGCUGCAGCGGAACGGCCGGCCGCACAGCGACCCCCAGUUCCAAACAAAACGCUGCCAACUCUCCACAGCCCUGGAAAGCCGGGAGAGAGAAGGGAGAGAGGGAUCCUCGGCAAUGCAGCUCCGGGAAGCAGCGGCUUCACCCCAGACAGAGACGGAGAGCAAUCAGUUCAGAAAGUGCCCAGUGCACUGAGUGAGCGCCUGCUAGGACGAUGAGCACAGACAGCCAGUACGAGGACAGUGUGUCUAGCCUGUUGCUGGAGAACAUCAAACACAGGCUGCUCAGCGCCUUCAGGGCAACCUCUGCUCCGAGAGACCAACCCAGCUCCUGGACCCUCAGCACCAACCCUCGGGCUGACCAGGAACUCCGCAGAGCCAAGAUCGAUGGGGCCAUCACUUGGCUCCGGACCGAACUGUUGGAGAUGCGGUCCCAGGAUCGGGAGCUCGCCAAAACCUUGUUGGAGUUAAACAGGGAAAUCCAGAAGCUAAGGAGUGAACAGGAGUUGUGCAGAAACGUGGGCAGCAGGUCUCCUUCAGAGUUUCAGGAUCCUGAAGUUCAACCUUCCAGGCAACAGGACAAGGAAGGAGCUGCACAGUCCCGAGAAGAGCAGAGAAGAAACUAAUCGACUCUAGGGUUAAUGGCCUGAGUUUGCAAAGUGUUUCACACUUAAAAUAACAUGAUGUAUUGUCUAGGUCAAACAACAGCAUUAGAAAAAUUUAAUAAUGUGACCGUUCUGAAGAAGGAUCACUGGAUCCAAAAUGUAAACUCUGCUUUCUCUCUACAGAUCCUGCCAGAUCUGCUAAGUAAUUUCUGAUUUUGUGUUUUCUUUA